AUGCAUGUGAGUUCCGAGCAUAAAGAGCCUGCCCUCUGCCGUCCGCAGGCCGACUACGAGCGAGCGUCUCAGGACGGCAGCCCCCAGGCUCCUGGAGAGACCUACCCCCGGGCCCCCCUCAAGCUACCUCAGAGCCACCCCAAGCCCCCCGCCGGCUACCCCCCUGUCCCGGGGCAUCUCCAGUACCCCCCGGUGUUCCACCACUACAAGCCCUCCCCCUACCACCACCCACCGUCCCAGCCCAGCCCGCCCUACACCCCGCAGGGGGCGUACUCCCAGCCCUCGUCGCCCUACAUCCCGCCCGGGGCUUACCCUCCCCCAUCCUGGGGCUCCAGCUCUGACGCCCAGCCCUCCAGGGUCUCCCACGAACAGUUCCGCGCUGCCCUGCAGCUGGUGGUCAACCCAGGGGACCCCAGGGAGUACCUGGACAGCUUCAUAAAGAUCGGCGAGGGUUCCACGGGAAUCGUAUGCAUCGCCAGCGAGAAGCAGAGCGGCAAGCAGGUGGCCGUGAAGAAGAUGGACCUGAGGAAACAGCAGAGGAGGGAGCUGCUCUUCAACGAGGUGGUGAUCAUGCGGGACUAUCACCAUGAGAAUGUGGUGGACAUGUACAACAGUUACCUGGUCGGGGACGAACUCUGGGUCGUCAUGGAGUUCCUGGAGGGAGGAGCCUUGACGGACAUUGUCACUCACACAAGGAUGAACGAGGAGCAGAUCGCCACGGUGUGUGUGUCUGUGCUGAGGGCUCUGUCGUACCUCCACACCCAGGGGGUCAUCCACAGAGACAUCAAGAGUGACUCCAUUCUGCUCACCAGCGACGGCCGGAUAAAGCUGUCAGACUUUGGCUUCUGCGCCCAAGUGUCUAAAGAGGUGCCUAAGAGGAAGUCCCUGGUGGGCACACCCUAUUGGAUGGCACCGGAGGUCAUCUCCAGAUUACCCUACGGUACAGAGGUGGACAUCUGGUCCCUGGGCAUCAUGGUGAUAGAAAUGGUGGAUGGGGAGCCCCCCUACUUUAAUGAGCCCCCCCUGCAAGCCAUGAGGAGGAUCCGAGACAACAUGCCCCCGCGGUUAAAAGAGUCCCACAAGGUGUCGUCUGUGCUGCGGGCGUUCCUGGACCUGAUGCUGGUGAGGGAACCUUCCCAGAGGGCCACAGCUCUGGAGCUUCUCCAGCAUCCCUUCCUGAAGCUCUCCGGUCCCCCCUCCUGCAUCAUGCCCCUGAUGAGACACUACCGGCAUCGCUGACCUCCCCCCAGCAGGGCGGCGACACCUUGACCCAGCCAAACACCCAGUGACCAGUGACUGUCCAGCCACUGAGAGUAACUCACACCUGUAACCGUGAAGUAGUUUAGCUAGAGGAAUUUUUCUAACCCUCUUUCCCCUCAAAAAAAGUAAAGGAGCCUUGAGAUACCUACUAUAUUGAAUAUAUACAGUAAAACUGUAGCAGAGGGGCCAGUCUUCUUCAGUGUUGGGACACACUCUCCUGUGGCCUGCUGAGUGCUCCUCUAGCCAGUUACACGCCGGGAGCCUUCUAUGGAGUCUGGUGCCAUUUUCUCUCUUUCUUAGGCUGUCGAGUCCCGACUCCCUGUAGAGUUAUAGUAGCCAUCGAUGGACUAGAGCUUAAAGGGUGUGCGGUGAGCGGCUGAGGCUGUCUGGACGCAGCCGUGCUGAGGGAUCCUUGCUGUGACGAGGUGGGCCCGCCGCAUCAGACAGAAGCAGCAGAUUGCAGAGCAAUCAGGAAGGAGGGGGAUGAGAGGUGGUUGUGAGGCUGUGGGGUUUGGGCGUUGUGGAGAGACAGAAGGACGGGUUGUUCUUCUGACGGUGGAGGGAACUUGGUUCUGUUCACCUCUCUCUUCUCACACUAACAGUGAAAAUGUAUUUUAGAGACAAUUGUAAGUUUUUCUGUACAGUUUUGAUAAUUUGCAGUAUUUUAUUGUGUCGUAACACUUGUGAUAUGGGCAGUAUUAAAUAGAACUCAGAGUUUCCUACUGUUUAUAAUCCAUUUUUGAUUAAAAAUGUAAGAGAUAUUCCAAAUAAACCAACCCCUAACUGUUACAAAAAAUACUGAAUAUAUUUAUUAUCUUACAUUUGUAGACAGAGCCUCCAUUCAAUGUGGAAAAGGUGUAUGCUGUUUUAAAGUAUGUAUUUAUUUUUUGGAAUUGAAGGUUUAUUUUUUGGUAGUGUGGCCUUUUUCUUUUGUUUUACAUUUCUUGAUAUCAGCAGACAUUGAUAUUGGUUAUAUGAUACAAGCAAUACCCCAACUUAUUUAUUACACCCUGUCCUGUAUUUAAGACAUUGUAAUUAUUAAAACACAUUUAAUCAUAGCACAGUGGAUAUGAUGAAAACAAAAGAUUUCUCCCAGAAAUUACUUUUUUCUUUAUAUAUAGCAUACUAUCAACAUAAUCAUACUCCUUAACUCUAAAGGGCGCUCAUCUAAGACUUCUUGAGCAAUAUCUGAGAAGCAGCUUUCAAUCAUUAAGGCCUGGUUUACUAAAUGACUUUCUCAUUGUCAUCCUUCCCAUUACUCCUCACCCAAUCACUGGAUCUGUGCUGCCAUUCUCACUUUCUGAUUGGACCACAAACUCAGUGUGAUCUUGGAUCCCCCUAUUGUUUUUACCCAUCGUUCACUGUGACAUGUAAAUAUGAAAAUGAGUGUGUGAGUGUGUGUGCGUGUGUGUGUGUGUGCGCCUGUGCGUGACUGGGCACGUUUGACGGCAUCUUUGUACAGUGUGUGUGCGUGUCUGUGCUGUUGAAUGAGUAAUACUUAUCUGUGGUGUCGCUUGUACAGUGAUUUUGCAUGUUUGUUAUCAGUGAAGCUGGUUUCAAUUAAAAAAGCACAUAAAAAACA